AUGACCACAUCGAACGGCUCAAGGCCGGCUGACUUCGACAGUUACUGGCAGGGAACGUUGGCGGAAUUGGCCGGAUUGCCGGCCGCUCCGGAAGUGCAGGAAAUACCCCUGCGCUCAGCGGAUUUCGCUACCGCCUAUGGGGUGAAGCUCACGUCCAUUGGUCCCUAUCGGCUCUACGCCUACCUGAGCAUUCCUCACGGAGACGGUCCCUUCCCGGCCCGUUACUACCUGCCCCGCUACGGCAGCGUGGUGGACCUGGUGCCCCAGGGUACUGCCAACGGUCAGCGCCGGGAACACGUUACCUUCGCCAUCUGCGUGCGCGGCCAGCGCCUGGCCGACCAACCCUACGCCUCCAGCUUCCCCGGCCUGCUCACGGACGGGAUCGAAGACCCUGCCGCUUACGUGUACCGGGGCAUCGUCGCCGACUGCGUGCGCGGCGUGGAGUAUCUGGCCUCACGUCCAGAGGUGGACGAGACACGCGUCGCGGCCAUUGGCAACGAUCUGGCGUUGACCACGGCGGCCCUGUGCCCGCUGGUCACGCACCUCGUGUGCUCACCGGCUCUCUUGUACGCCACCGCGGACGUGGCCCCGCGCACCAGCGCCUACCCGCUGGAGGAAAUCAACGACUACCUGCGCCGGUAUCCCACCCGCCGGGAGGCAGUGCAUCGCACGCUGUCUUACUUUGACCUGCGCUGGUUUGGGUCAAGGGUUCAGGCGACAACCUUGAUUAUGGCCGGCGCGGAUGGCUCUGCGCUGGACGCCGCGGCUCUCGACCCGCUGAUCCGGUCCAUCCCUGGCGAUACCGAAGUGCAUAAGGCGGAACACUCCGGCUACCGGGACGGCCGAUACAGCGAGGAAUGGCUGUCCCGCCAAUUUGGUAUGGCCGAGCCCAGCCUGCCGCCACACUGGCAAGACUAA